AUGGCAAUCGCCACGUCUACCCCGCUCGGACACGACGUCUCUGCGCAACAGCCCAUCCCAGGCACAGUUCAUCUCGUUGACCUUGAGGGGACUCUGCGCGCAAAGCACGCCGUCGGAGCACACUCACGAGACAUAGUUUUGGUGCCCGCGCCUUCGAGUGAUCCCGACGACCCACUGAACUGGAGCCCGCGCCGCAAGGCUCUCUCGACGACGUGCAUGUGUGUCUACACGCUCAUGGUCGGCAUCUCUACGGCUGCCAUCUACAGCGUUCUCGGGCCCAUCGCACAAGACACGAGCCUGUCGCUCAACGACCUCAAUGCGGGGACGGGCUAUCUGUUUCUUCUAGCUGGUUGGGGUUGCCUGUUCUGGCAGCCAUUAGCGCUGCAGUACGGGAAGAGGCCAGUGUAUCUCAGCACCAUCUUGGCGACUUGCGCCAUUAUGGUUUGGGCGCCAUACACCAAGACGAACGGCCAGUGGAUUUCAAACAAAGUCUUGCAGGGAUUCUUUGCGGCGCCCAUCGAGAGCCUCUGCGAGAUCUCCGUUACAGAUAUCUACUUCACCCAUGAGAGAGGACGGUACAUAGGAUUAUAUGCAUUGCUGCUCGCAGGCAGCAACUAUCUUGCGCCUGUGCUUGGUGGCUUCAUCAACGAUGGCCAGAGCUGGGAAUGGGUGCUCUACUGGUGCGCCAUAUUCAAUGCCCUGGGCUUCGUAUUUCUCUUCUUCUUCAUGGAGGAGACGAACUACGUCCGGCAUACGCUAGGCAACACGACACCCACAGAAUCAGAAAUCCCCUCAGCCGCAGGGAAUGAUACAGAAAAGAAGGGCUCUUUGCCACAACUAUCGACCAGUACGGUUGAGGCAGGCGAGCCCCAGCCCCGCUCCCACAAGACGUACUGGGACAAGCUAAAGCUCUUCCAAGCAGCGGACCUGCACAAGAAGAACGAACUGGCCAGAAUGGUACUACGACCCUUGAUCUUCCUAACCUUUCCCGUCAUUUUCUACGCAGGCUUCAGUUACGGAAGCAACCUAGUCUGGUUCAACGUGCUCAACGCGACAGCCUCGCUUAUCCUCGGCGGCACGUACAACUUCCGCGCCUCGAUGGUGGGCCUCUCGUACGUGAGCCCGUUGAUCGGCGUCGCACUCGGCAGUGCAUACACAGGCUGGUUAGGGGACCGGUGGGCAAUGUGGAAGGCGCGACGCAACGGCGGCGUCAUGGAGCCCGAGCAUCGGCUGUGGUUGUUCGCACCCAGCCUGAUCCUGGUGCCUGGAGGGCUGAUUCUUUGGGGCGUCGGCGCGGCUGAAGGCGUGCACUGGUUCGGGUGCGUGUUCGCCAUGGGCGUGGUCGCGUUGACCAACACGCUGGGGAUCCAACUGAGCUGCUCGUACGCCAUCGACUCGUACCGUGCGCUCAGCGGCGAGGCCAUGGUCACCGUGAUCCUGGUGCGUAAUACCAUGAGCUUUGCCAUUGGUUAUGGUAUCACGCCGUGGGUCGACGGCAUGGGCCUGCGUGACUGCUUCGUCACGGCGGGCCUCGUCGGCUUGGCACAGUGCCUGACCGUGUUUGCCAUGAUCAGGUGGGGCAAAGAGUGUCGCCGGAGGAGCAUCGUGCGGUAUGCAACGUACGUCGAGGAAAUGGUGGUGCACUCGUAG